AUGGAUUCGUAUAGUGCAAAAUUUCCCAAAUACAUGCUCUACUGUGUGUUCGUAGCAUGCUUGGGCUCCUUCAGUAAUGGCUGGGUCAUUGGUUCGCCCAAUGUUCCCGGUGAAAUCACACACAAUUGUCCUAAUGGCAAUGCGCAUGUCUACAACAAGUCGUUUCCAGAUUGUCUGCCAAUGGACAACGCACUAUGGGGUUUUGCUGUUGCCUCGUUCUGCGUUGGUGGUCUUAUUGGUGGUCUCUCUGCUGGUCCUCUCCAGACCAAAGUGGGCCGAAGAAAGGCUAUUGUUCUCAACAAUUUAGGCUACAUUACUGGUGGUAUCUUGAUUGGAUGUUCAGUGCAUGAAGCCAUGUUCAUCAUUGGUCGUAUCCUUUGUGGUUUAGGCUGUGGUAUGGGCUCUUUGUCUAUUCCAACCUACAUUGGAGAAGUGUCCUCUAUCAAAGCUCGAGGUGCUAUGGGCACUUGCAAUCAGUUUUUUAUCGUUAUUGGUAUCCUGCUAUCCUCUGUUAUAGGCCUACCCUUAGCAGAUGUUCCUCUCUGGCGUGUGAAUUAUGCUAUUGUCGCCAUUCCUGCAAUUGCUCAGUUCUUCUUGAUGUCCACAUGCGUUGAAACCCCACGCUACCUCAUUUCUGUAAACAGAAUAGAAGAUGCCAAACAUUCUUUGCAAAAGUUAAGAGGCGAUCUUAAUGUCGACAGAGAAUUCUAUGGCAUGGUCGAAGGCUACUAUGGUACUGCUGCUGCUCAAUCAAUGACCCACUACCAAGGCCCUGCUCCAGAAGAAGACAAGAAGCACAUUGAAGAAACUGAAGGUGUUGCUGUCCCCACUUCUCCCCCUCGUCCUGCUGCUGCUACCGUGCCCACUGAUCAUCCAGAUGCUGUCAAAGACACAGAUCAUUUGACAACGUCUCAACCUGUAUCACAUGCUGAUGAUGACUUUGACAACUCAUCUGGUGAAGUCGUUGCCCCCAUAACUCAACAUGAUACGAUGGGAGUUGUCCAAAUCUUUACUGAUCCUGUCAUUCGUCGCAUUGCCAUCACUGUCAUUCUUUUGCACGCUUUCCAGCAAUUGGUGGGUAUCAAUGCUGUCAUGUACUACUCGACUACCAUUUUCAACUUGGCAUUUGAUGCCAAUAUGUCAAAGUACAUGGCCAUUGUCACCACCGUUGUCAACUUUGUCAUGACGGCUGUAGCUGUUGCAUUGAUCGACCGUAUGGGUCGUCGUCCAUUGCUAUUGAUUGCUAAUUUUGGCGCUUGUCUGUUUUCCGUUUUGUUGGUCAUUGGUUACGUGUACCAGAUUCCCGCUCUCUUGGUUGUCUCUGUGUUCUUGUACGUCGCUUCAUUUGCCAUCGGUAUUGGACCCAUUCCUUGGUUGCUUACUUCUGAAUUGACUCCCACCUACGCUUCUUCGGCUGUCGGUGCCAUUGCUACUUGCAUUAACUGGACAAUGAACUUUGUCAUCGGUCAAUGUUUUCCCGUCAUAUUCGCUCGUAUCGCUGGUUAUUCUUUUGCCAUUUUUGCUGUCAUUGCUGCCAUCGCCUUUACGUUUACCUUGAUCUUCUUGCCUGAAACGAAAGGCAGAUCUUUAGAAGAUAUCGUUAAGGGUUAUGAAAAGCACAGACACUAA